UUCCCUUGCUUGAAGCAAAAGACGAAACCGCAGUUGGAGGAUGCAAAGAGAUCUUGCAGGGAUAUCUGAGCGGACAACUGUCGUCUGUUUUGGGGAUUUAUCACAUGAAGUCUCUACGGCGGGAUUUUGAAAGUUUCUCUAAAUCAAUAAAGCAGAAAUUAAAAGAUAUGGAGGAAAAAAGUAGACUGUACACAGAUAAGUCAAUAUCGAAAAUAAAGGCAGAUCUCACAUCAGAUCUCAGUGUUGGAGGUGUUAAGAAUGUUAGUGCUGUAUACGUUCGAUGGGGAAAGAAGAUUUGUCCACAAAACGUAGAACUCGUAUACUCAGGUUAUGCCGGAGGGUCGUACUAUACACAUACCGGGGCUGCCGUGGAGCCUUUGUGUCUCCCUAAGGACCCUCAGUGGGGGUAUUACAAGGACGGGUUUGAUGGAUACAAGCAGUUCAUAUAUGGAGCAGAAUUCAGGACAUACGAUUUCAGGAAGUCUCUGAGCUUACACGAUGUGCCGUGCUCUGUGUGUCGAGUUUACGGGAAAUCAGCUGUAUACACCGUCCCAGCAAGAAACACUUGUCAUAGAGGCUGGACCUUGGAAUACAGCGGAUAUCUGAUGUCUGGUUAUCAUGCUGCCAAAGCUGCUUCUAAAUUUACCUGUGUGGACAAAAGAUCCAGAUAACGUUACAGGGGGCGGAUCAGAAGGAUACGGGUACCUGUUGUACCCCGUUGAGGCGAGCUGUGGGUCCCUGAAAUGUCCCCCAUACGUUGGAGGAAGAGAACUCACUUGUGCCGUUUGCUCUG